AUGGCCACCGCAAGCCAAUGCCCGCAAGCAAUGGGCACUGGCCGCCGCCGCCCACCGGCCUAUGGAGUCGCUGGAGGCCGCCGAGGUUGUGAGGGGCAAUUGAUGAGGGUUGAGCCUAUGACUUAUGAGCACUCAAGAGUGAAGAGUAGGGCACCGGGGCUAGGGGAGGCACGAGGUGUGAAGAAUGUAGAUCGUAGAGUGCAGAGAAGUAGAAGUAGUGAACUAGAGAUUAUACAUUAG